UACAUGAGGUAAGGUUUAUUUUACUAAUUAUGUGCUUCUAAUAGUGUUUAAUAUUAUUUAAUAGUUUCCUGGAAUUCGUUUUAAAUUACUGGUACCAGAGUGAACAUACUAGGAUACACAUUCAUUUGUUAUUAUAUCUCCUUUAAAAAAAAUCCGUUUCAUUUGGUAACAUUCAUCUUAAUUUUUUAUGUUUAUUGAAAUACUAUGUUGAGAUGAACAUUGGGAAUGUUUCAUUUACAUAUAUACAUACAGAGAGAGAGAGUAGGCAUUAGGACCCAGUAAAGUUUCUCUAGCUUGAAAGCCACACAGGUAAGGUGCCCUGUUGGAGGUUGUCACAUGCUUGUCACUGGCCCUCAACAUCUGGGCACACCUAUCCUUGUAUAAACCUACCUGACUGGUUGAUUAAACAGCCUAUACCUGGGCAGGGCAGAAUGGGGUAGGGGUGGCUAAGGUUCCAGGGCUUUUGAGGACAGAAGAAUCACUGGGAGAAGACUGACGGAGAGGCAGAAGAAUGCCAGGAUGGCUUAGCAUGAAGAAGAAACCACAUGGGCUGGGAUGAGAAAACACCAAGAUGAAAAAUAUAAGCAAAUAUCUUGGGAUUAAGAAAGACAAACCAGAUGAGGACAGUUAAGGCAGAUGAUAUUGGAUGGGGGCUGGGAGAAAUGGAUGGGGGUAUUAUGGAGACAGCAGAGAUAGAACUAUCUGCCCGGCCAAGGUAAUAAGACAAUUAUAAAAUCUAACAGGUGUCUUGUCUUGUGAUUGUGAUAGCAGGUUAAAUAAUACCACCACAAAUAAUAGCCCCACACUCUCUUUUUGUUAUUUACAAUAGUGCCCUAAAAUGGGGAAAACAUGGUCCCACAGCCUCUGGAUAUAGUCAGACUCAUGCAGUUAGGUCUGAACUUAAUAAUCCUAGCUGGAGGAGUGAAUGGAUACACUGGUGGCCAUCCAAUGACUGUGUCCAUCUUUACUGAUGGCAUGUUAACAUUAGGCAAGUUCUGCUGUGAACAUAUGAGUGGACACGGCUGGAGUUUGAAGAUGGCACUUGUUUUGUGAUGAAGAUAUUAUAAAGCAUUAUGCUAAAAGAUGGUUGAAUCCAAAUUACACAUGGAGGGUAAUUUAAUAAAUUAGCACCCUUACAUACAUGCCAUUUAACCUGUAUACAGGCUUGUUGGAGCAGAAAUAAGGCAGAUCAUAAAAGGCAAAGGAAUCUCAGGGACAGAGAGAAUGUUCUAUCAUACAGGAAACAGGCCUAGAUACCUAACAGAGAGAGCAGGCACUAGGACCCAGUAAAGCUUCUGUAACUUGACAGUCACACUGGUAAGGGCCUCUAAGGAGGAAAAUGUGGACUCACACCCUCUGACCACAGUGAGGCUGGGCCCUGGCCUCCAUAGCUGAUUAGGUUUCCUGGUGUCUGAGGUCUCAGAAAGGCAAACAAGUGCAGGCUGGAAGCUCUGCUCUUGCCAACCCUGAGGGUCUUGCUCAGGAGGCUCUUGCAGCCAAAACAGGACAUGGACACAUGUCCUGCCUCCCUUACCUCAGGAUGUGAGCCCAAGAAAGCAGCACACUUCCAGUGUGCUCACCUUGCACUGGGUUCUUUAAGGUAACUGGACACUUAGGAAACACCCAGCAAAUCCUCGUGACCUCCUCAGUACAAGUGAGAGAAACCAGAACAUACUGGGUGUUCCUCAACAAUCGGAGCUGUUGUUGGGAUGACAGAUGGACAAUGAUUUCAAAACGUUGUCAAGUGUGCUAAAGUUGAAAGGCCGCUAGCUAUGGUGCUGGACAAAUAUUUUGUGAUUGUGUCAAGGUUUUGAUGCCACCUCAAGAAGGACAUUCUGAGUGAGCACGAGGAGCAAGGAGGCAUCAAGAGACACUGGGACAUGGAAGACAUUAAUGAAUCUUAAGAUAAUUUUCAUUCCCACAUCAGUGGAUUAUUCCUUAAAGGACAAGUGAGUCAGCGUCCUUUUUCGGGCUGAAGUAAGAUAACAUCACAACAUAGGGACCAGAAAUUACUCGUCAGCCUAAUAUUUCUUUCAGGGUGUCGACUCAUACUCCUUCAUCUGCUGUUGUGGAUGUGGAGGUAAAAAGCAGUCUGACUCCCCAUGGUGAUUCCUGCAGCCUAGGUUUACUCCUGCCAGAAUCUACAGCCUGUUGCCAGGGUCAAAUCCCGGAACAAUGGAACUCCCUCAGGGUUAGGAGAAUUUCUUCGCACUGACUUCUGGGAAAUGUAGUCGGGCUAUUGUGACGUCACAGUUGUCCAGGAAAUCCCUAUCCGGCUUCGGUCUACACACGUGCGUCUUCCCGAAAGUUGGACAAGAGUCCUGUAGUCCUGUGCUGCUGUACUUUCCCGUCGCGUCUCUGACAUGGAGUGUUUAUUUCAGGAAGUGCUGUCCUUCUGGGAUGUGGCCAUUGAUUUCUCUCCAGAAGAGAAGGAAUGCCUGGAGCCUGCUCAGUGGAAUUUGUACAGGGACGUGAUGUUGGAGAACUACAGCAACCUUGUGUUCCUGGGUCUUGCUGCCUCUAAGCCACACCUCGUGACAUUUCUGGAGCAAAGACAAGGGCCUCUGGAUGUGAAGAGACAAGCAGCAGCUACCGUGCAUCCGGGUAUGGUAGCUCACAGCAUUAAUCCUAGAACUUAGGAGGCAGAGACAGGCAGAUUUCUGAGUCAAGUCUAGCCUGCUGGUUCUAGAACCACAACAGCUACACAGAGAAAUCCUGUCUCAAAAAAACAAAAAAAUGAAACAAAAACCACCAACGUAACCAAAAACAAAAAAGAAAAAAAGAAAAAGAAAAAGGAACAAGACAUAAUGAUUGUAAUGAACACAGCAAAGCCAUUCAUUUUAACUCUGUAUGUAUUCAACGCCAGAGAAUUCGUAAAGGGGAGAAACCCUACAAAUGUGAAGAAUGUGGAAAGGCCCUUAGUU